CAGGGACCCUCCUGGAACCUGUGCAACAGGAUUAGUGUGGCCAGAAAGGACAACUCUGAGUGGGGAAUGGAGACUGUGAGCAACACUGGGAAGGAAGGCAGAGCCUCAGCAGGAGCUGGGCAUCCCUUCCUGGACCAGCAGCCAGAACUGUCCUGGAGGGGCAUCAGCGAAGGGUGGGGGGGAGGUGGAACAAGAAGUUUGUUGAAACAAGGCCUGAGUUCUGAAAAUCUGGCCAAUUCUGUGUUUCAGCUGAAGAAGGAAGGGAAUGAUUUUUUUUUUUUUUUUUUUUUUUUUUUUUUUUUUUUUUUUUAGGGAAAUGGGGAGGCAGAAGUCAACAGAAGCGGAGAAGGCAAUUAUAAAGGGGAAAAAAAAGGCCACCAUGUAGAAGAGUGACAAGAGAAGAAACCUCCCAGGCGAGGCUCUGGUCCGUGGGGAGAAGGAAGAAGGCAAUCUCCUAAUUGGUACCAUAUACAUCAGAUGGAUGGUUUCUAGCCUGCUUGCAGACCCCACCUCGGCUGAGUGUUGGGCAGCCCGUCUACAUGAGCCUAUGACUCUUGAUAUGGACGCAGUCCUGUCAGACUUUGUUCGGUCCACGGGGGCAGAACCUGGUCUGGCCAGAGACCUGCUGGAAGGCAAAAACUGGGACCUGACCGCCGCUCUGAGUGACUAUGAGCAGCUCCGACAAGUGCACACAGCCAACCUGCCACAUGUGUUCAACGAGGGCAGGUGCCCCAAACAGCCAGAGCGAGAGCCGCCCCAACCCAGCCACAAGGUGGAGCGGCCCUGCCUGCAGAGACAGGACGACAUUGCCCAAGAAAAGCGACUUUCCCGGGGGAUUUCCCACGCCAGCUCGGCCAUCGUCUCCUUGGCCCGGUCCCACGUGGCGAGUGAGUGCAACAAUGAGCAGUUCCCCCUGGAGAUGCCCAUCUACACAUUCCAGUUGCCAGAUCUGAGCGUGUACAGCGAAGACUUCCGGAGCUUCAUCGAACGGGACUUGAUCGAGCAGGCGACCAUGGUGGCUUUGGAGCAGGCAGGUCGCCUGAACUGGUGGUCCACUGUGUGCACGAGCUGUAAACGGCUUCUUCCUUUGGCCACUACAGGGGACGGGAACUGCCUUUUACACGCCGCCUCUCUGGGAAUGUGGGGGUUUCACGACCGGGACCUGGUUUUGCGGAAAGCUCUCUACACCAUGAUGAGGACAGGGGCUGAAAGAGAAGCCCUAAAACGCAGGUGGAGGUGGCAGCAGACGCAGCAGAACAAGGAGUCAGGGCUGGUGUACACCGAGGAGGAAUGGGAGCGGGAGUGGACGGAGCUGCUGAAACUGGCGUCCAGCGAGCCACGCACGCACUUCAGCAAGAACGGUGGCACAGGCGGGGGUGUGGACAACUCUGAGGACCCCGUGUAUGAGAGUCUAGAGGAGUUCCAUGUGUUUGUCCUCGCCCAUAUAUUAAGAAGACCAAUAGUUGUCGUAGCAGAUACGAUGUUGAGGGACUCAGGCGGAGAAGCAUUUGCUCCGAUCCCAUUUGGAGGGAUUUACCUGCCCUUGGAGGUGCCUCCCAACAGAUGUCACUGCUCACCUCUGGUUCUUGCCUACGAUCAAGCGCAUUUCUCUGCCCUUGUGUCCAUGGAGCAGAGAGAUCAGCAAAGAGAACAAGCCGUGAUCCCCCUGACGGAUUCGGAGCACAAGCUGCUGCCUCUGCACUUUGCCGUGGACCCCGGGAAGGACUGGGAGUGGGGCAAGGACGACAACGAUAACGCCCGGCUGGCCCACCUGAUCCUGUCGCUCGAAGCCAAGCUGAACCUUCUGCACAGCUACAUGAAUGUGACGUGGAUCCGGAUCCCCUCGGAGACCCGGGCCCCUCUGGCACAACCGGAAUCCCCAACAGCCUCCGUGGGGGAGGACGUGCAGUCCCUGGCCGACUCCCUGGACUCGGAUAGGGACUCGGUGUGCAGCAAUUCCAACAGCAAUAAUGGCAAGAACGGCAAGGACAAGGAGAAGGAGAAGCAGCGCAAAGAGAAGGACAAGACCCGCGCGGACUCCGUGGCCAACAAGCUGGGUAGCUUCAGCAAGACGCUGGGCAUCAAGCUAAAGAAAAACAUGGGCGGCCUGGGCGGCCUGGUGCAUGGCAAGAUGGGCCGCGCUAACUCCGCCAACGGCAAGAACGGCGACGCACCGGAGCGCGGCAAGGAGAAGAAGGCCAAGUCGCGCAAGGGCAGCAAGGAGGAGUCGGGCGCGUCGGCGAGCACGUCGCCAUCGGAGAAGACCACGCCGUCGCCCACGGACAAGGCGGCCGGGGCGUCCCCGGCAGAAAAGGGCGGCGGGCCGCGGGGCGACUCCUGGAAGUACAGCACGGACGUGAAGCUGAGCCUCAACAUCCUACGCGCCGCCAUGCAGGGUGAGCGCAAGUUCAUCUUCGCCGGCCUGCUGCUCACCAGCCACCGGCACCAGUUCCACGAGGAGAUGAUAGGCUACUACCUGACCAGCGCGCAGGAGCGCUUCAGCGCCGAGCAGGAGCAGCGACGCCGCGAUCCCGCCGCCGCAGCCGCCGCAGCCGCGGCCGCCGCCGCCUCCACGGCCAAGCGGCCGCCGCGCAGGCCAGAGACCGAGGGCGCGCCGGGCCCUGAGCGCGCGUCGCCGGGCCCGCCGGCCGGGCCGCCCACGCAGCUGGUGCUCAAGCUCAAGGAGCGCCCGAGCCCCGGGCCGGCGGCGGGCACGCGGGCAGCGCGGGCGGCAGCGGGCGGCGCGGCCUCCCCGGGCCUCGGCGGGGGCGCGCGGCGCGCGGGCGCCAGCGGACCGCUCCCAGGCCGCAGCCCGCCGGCGCCGGCGCGCCAGAGCGUCAUCCACGUGCAGGCGGCGGGCGCGCGGGACGACGCGUGCGCGCCGGCCGUGGGCGCGCUGCGGCCGUGCGCCACGUACCCGCAGCAGAACCGCUCGCUGUCGUCGCAGAGCUACAGCCCGGCGCGCGCCGCCGCCCUGCGUACCGUCAACACGGUCGAGUCGCUGGCGCGCGCCGUCCCGGGCGCCCUGCCCGGCGCGGCAGGGGCGGCCGGCACCGCCGAGCACAAGUCGCAGACCUACACCAACGGCUUCGGCGCCGCGCGCGACGGCCUGGAGUUCGCCGACGCCGACGCGCCGGCCGCCCGCUCGAACGGUGAGUGCGGCCGCGGCGGCCCGGGGCUGGCGCAGCGGCGCUGCCAGCGCGAGAACUGCGCGUUCUACGGGCGCGCCGAGACCGAGCACUACUGCUCGUACUGCUACCGCGAGGAGCUGCGGCGGCGGCGCGAGGCGCGCGGGGCGCGGCCCUGAGGGCGGCGCGCGCGCCAGCUUUUACCAUAAAGGAUUCCUUUUCCAUUCUGUCGGUGUCUUUUUUACAUGCCCUGGUCCACCGGAAGGCCGGCGACUCCUCGGUCAGUGCUGUGUACGUGUUUGGUCCAACGUUCCUAAUGGUGCCUGAACCUACACUGACGCCACUCAGGUAGUAGACGGAUAGGAAACAAGUCAUACUGUUGGAAGUGGGUGUGCUAGCUAGCAUCUGCCUCGUACCUGUGGAAACUCAAUAGCCAUUGCAAGAGUAUUUUUGUUCCUCAAUAAGAGAAAUAAAGAAAUUUGCAGCCCUUUGUUUUUAGAAGGGAGUGUUUUACCUUUUUUUUUUUGCUUUUCUUUUUUCCCGCCCCCACCCCACCCCAGCCCAGCGACUGACCUCGUCCACGUAGCGAUCACACGUGUGCGGUCGGUACCACCCAGGGUUUAGAAGCAAACCUGCAGCCCGGGACUGCAGCAGGGGCUGUGCUGCGGGCUUGCACCUGCUUCCCCUCCCCGAGUCCCGUCCAGGGAGGACAGGGGGCAGGGUGCCGCCCGCUCACGCGGUCUAGUGGUCGCGGGGGCCCUUUAGGAAUACACCGCUCCAUCGCAUAAGCAAAACCUCCUUCCACGCUCCCCUCUCCCCCAAAAAACAACCCCUGUCUCGAGCAACAUUCACACUGCCAUCAAAGCCACAGGCGUCCUAGGAUGGGCACUGGACAACCUACCUCGCAGGGCGCAGGGAGGUGUAGUCAUGGCUCCCGGUGCCGGGCAGCUCAGGUGACAGGAGCUUUCCAAAGACACCUUGGGUCCAAAAAGCAAGAUUCCUAACUCACUAUUUGGAAUUGCCCAUGUUUGAGCAAAGAUGACAGCCUGCUCACAUCGCUUCUUUGAAGACACUUCCACAGUGAACUAUCGCCAGAGGGCCCCUAGGAAGUGAUUAGGGGUGCCCCAGGAGAGAGGCGAGGUCACUGUGUAAGCCCCCACACUAAGCUACUUUGAAACCCGGCCUGUGCCCUUUUCCAAGGGGAAGAGGCUGAGGGCAGCCCGGAAGGAAGCCCAUCCCCACCUCCACCUGCAUCUGUCUGGGUCCAGCCAGGUAAAGGGGCGCCACUCCAUUGGGGUCCCCUCUGCAGGGUAGGGUAACCCUGCCUGUGGCUCCCUAACACAUUGAGGGGGCAGCCCCAUCCCUGAGCAGUCCCUUUUUUGGUGCCUCCUACAUUUCUUGAGGAAAAAAAAAAAAUGUGUCCUUAGCUACCCUAUUUUGAGCAGCAAUAUGCAGCCUCUUCCUUCCAAGAUUACCUCUGGAGAAUCCCGUUCUUGGCCAAGGACACUGAGGAGUUAAAUCUGCCUCACUAAGGAGAGAUCUUGUUUCCAAGAAAUACGGAUAAGAUGGGUAAAAUCCUCACUAGCAAAAGAAUACUUUAAAACCUGCAGGAGCCUUAGAAUAGCUUCUAAUAAUCCUAAGAAAGAGAGGAAAUAGCACCCAGCUUUGCUGUGGGUGUAUCCUCAGAAAAUGCAGGAGGUAGACCAUCUCUUCAUUGGAGCCAGCUUCUCCUUCUCCAGAAAGGAUGCUUUUCCCUCUGACAUAAAGAGCAGCAAAAA